CGGAGAGGCAAGAUGGGGGGCGGCCUCUGGCUGCCGCUAGCCUGGGUGACGGUUGCGUUGUCCUGUUCCUCCGCCUGGCCUUUGCCAGGAGCCACGACGGCUCCUGCCUGCUCCCUUCCCUGGGUCCCUCUCAGGGGCCUCCUGCCACCGGGGAGAGUCCCCCUCCUCGCGGUGGAUCUGGUGCCACGCGGGGCCGGGCCGGAGACAGGUAUUGGUGGCAGGAGUGGGAUCCCGGUGUCUGGGUGUCUCUGCUGGCGUGGCAAGGGGAUGCUGGACUUCUCAGUCUAUACCACCACACUCUCUUACCGCCACCUACCUGCCAGUAGAGCCAGCCCAGGUGUGGUCCGUCUUGCGUGUUGCUCCCCCAGCAGCUCGCCUCCGGGAAAAGGCUCUGGGGCCGUCAGCAAAUGCUGCGAGGACAGGAUUCGUGGGGCGUUCAGAGGUCGAUCCAGGAGAAUCCAACGCAAGAGGCAUCUUCCUUCAUGGCCAGGCAAUUCCACUGAGGUAGAAGCGGAGGCUGAUGUGACGGUAGGCCCUUCGCCGAGCCGUGAGGCAGCUCCGAGGUCCAGGGACCGGGUGGAGGUGAUGAAGAUGACCGCUAAAGGGGCCACGAAGGAUCGCGGGGUGGCUUUGGUGCUGAGCGGGUUAGCGGCGACUGUCUCCGUUCUCUUUCUCGCCGGAGGAGCCCUCCUGGCACGUCAGAGGUGCAGCAACGUUGCCGUCUGAUUUGUUUUAGAGUCAAUUUUUUAUGGCCAAGCAAUAAAUGGCAGAUUUUGGGUUCUGGUGACUGUGGCUCAAUGGAGAAUGGGGAGGGGUCUUCUGGCAUGGCUGGGGCACGGAAAACCCUACAACAGGCUUUGCUAACUUUUAUUUUAAGCCUGUUCCUGGGCCUUCUGGAAGGGCGUGGGUCUAUUUUGACUACCCUUCCAUGAGUUGGGUUGAUGAGUUUAAUAGCACCGUCAGCCAGUGGACCUCAAAUGGUGU